UAUAAACAACAAAAUAUUUGUUACUUCUAUUUAUUAUCUACUUUGAUAUUACUGAAACAUAUAAAAGCAUUAAAGCAUGUUGAAUCAAACUGAAGUAAAACAAGAAAUUGGUGAGACGAAUUGCAAAGAAGAAAUAGAUAAUGAAGUAGAUGUUCUAGAGGAUUCCUUUAAAAUUGAAAUUACGGAGGAUCCUAUCAGGGAAAGUACAAAUGGUACAUUUGAUUAUUUAGACGUUAAGAAAUGUCCUAUAAAAGCUGAAACAAAACAAGAUGAUGGUUUCCCUUGCAAAUACAUGAAAACUGAUGUCAGUAGCCUACUAACAAAUAAUGAUGGAAAUGACACCUUGGAAAAACCAUUUGAAUGUGAAAUUUGCUCGCAACAGUUUUCAACGAAACAAGUUUUAAAAUGGCAUAUGAGAGCGCGUACUGGUGAAAAACCAUUUAAAUGUGGAAUUUGCAACAAACAGUUUUCAUUCAAGGGUAAUUUGAAAGCACAUAUAGCAGGGCAUACUGAUGAAAAACCAUUCAUAUGUGGAAUUUGCAACAAACAGUUUCCAACAAAGCUUAAUUUGGAAUCACACAUGGCACGGCAUACGGUUGAAAAACCAUUUGAGUGUGAAAUUUAUAACAAACAAUUUUCAACAAAGCCUAAUUUGAAAUCACACAUGACAGGGAAUACUGGUGAAAAACCAUUUGAAUGUGAAAUUUGUACCAAACAGUUAUCAACUAAACAUAGUUUAAAAUUGCAUAUGAGGGUGCAUACUGGUGAAAAACCAUUUAAAUGUGAAAUUUGCGUGAAACAGUUUUCAACAAAGUUUACGUUAAAUACUCAUAUGAUACUGCAUACUGGUGAAAAACCAUUUGAAUGUGAAUUUUGUACCAAGCAGUUUUCAACCAAACAAGUUUUAAAAUUGCAUGUGAGGGUGCAUACUGGAGACAAACCAUUUAAAUGUGGAAUUUGUACCAAACAGUAUUCAACGACACAAAAUUUUAAAACGCAUAUGAUGUUGCAUACUGGUGAAAAACCAUUUAAAUGUGGAAUUUGUACAGAACAAUUUUCAAGAAAGUGUUCGUUAAAUACUCAUAUGUCACUGCAUACUGGUGAAAAACCAUUUAAAUGUGGAAUUUGCAACCAACAGUUUUCAAUCAAGGGUAAUUUGAAAGCACAUAUAACAAGGCAUACUGAUGAAAAACCAUUCAUAUGUGGAAUUUGCAAUAAACAGUUUUCAACAAAGCGUUAUUUGAAAUCACAUAUGGCACGGCAUACGGUUGAAAAACCAUUUGAGUGUGAAAUUUGCAAGAAACAGUUUUUAACUAGAACUAUUUUAAAAUUCCAUAUGAGGGUGCAUACUGGUGAAAAACCAUUUAAAUGUGACAUUUGCACCAAACAUUUUUCAAUUAAAGAAGUUUUAAAAUUGCAUAUGAGAUCGCAUACUGGUGAAAAACCAUUUAAAUGUGAAAUUUGCACCAAACAGUUUUCAUAUAAACAAGUUUUAAAAUUGCAUAUGAGAUCGCAUACUGGUGAAAAACCAUUUAAAUGUGGAAUUUGUACAAAACAAUUUUCAAGAAAGUUUACGUUGAAUGAUCAUAUGUCACUGCAUGCGGGUGAAAAACCAUUUGAAUGUGAAAUUUGCACCAAGCAGUUUUCAGUUAAACGAAAUUUAAAAUGCCAUAUGAGGGUGCAUACUGGUGAAAAACCAUUUAAAUGUGAACUUUGCAACAAACAAUAUUCAACAAAUUAUAGUUUGAAAGCACAUAUAACAAAGCAUACUGGUGUUUUAUAGCCACAUUUUUUACCCAGUAGGAUGUGAAUUUGCGAUUGAGUCGAAGAAUGCUGUUCAAAAAUUAAGUCUAAUAUUAAAAAAAAAAUUAUUAAAAAUCCCUUAUAAAAGGUAUACAGUGAUGAGUGCCUUACCACCCGGUUUUUUAACGUAAGAGAUAGAAAACACAGUUACCUUGUGAAAUAAAAAGAGAUGAAACUCUUAGAGGUGGAACAUAAUCGAUAGAAACCUAUAAAUUACAUUACAUUAUCACUAUCAAUAGUCUCACACCUUUAGACGUUAGACGUGGCUAUUUGACUUCAGUCAUAAUUAUACGGAUAACCUCGAAAAUAUUUUAUUUUAAUAAUUUCUGAUGUUAGAAUAAAUAAUUGAAUAAAUUAAGAUAUAUUAUAUUAAAAAAAACAUUAAUUAUUAGCGAUUUUAAAUUAUAAAUCUUUAAGUUUAUUUAAUAAUAAAAUAACUCAGCUGAAAUAUUUCACUAAAAUAAAGGUAGGUAUGUUCUGUCCGAAAACGAUUAAUGUAUGUGGAAUUGGUGUAAUAGUUAGAGACGUGGUCUAUUGAUAAGAAGAUUCGGGUUCAAUUCACACCAAGGAUAACAUUUUUGUUUUAUCAAUCAAAAAAUAAUAGAAAAUAUGAUACAUAUUAGGUAACAAGUUUUCGAAAAACUCAUUAUUUACAAUUUAUUCUUAUUCCAAUGUUAUAAAAUGGAAAUACAAAAUAAUUCAAAUUCAAUUCCAGUUUUACUGUCUUCAGUUCUGAAUGCAAAAUAAUCGGGUAUGUCAAAUCCAUCACUAAAUUCUCAGUGUUAAUAUCAAUUCCUCUGUACAGGUAAUGAUUUUCAAAACAAUUGACAAUUGUAAAUACGUUUAUUUACAAUAUUUUUUUAUUUUUGUAGAAUUUUUACUUAUUUAAACAUUAUUUAAACGUUCUUUUAAUUUUGAAGAAUUUUACUUUAUUUUCGAAAGUACGACACUUUUUUUCAAUAAGAUAUUUAUGUUUAACUUUAAACACUUCUACUACUAGUAACGACUGACAUAAAUGUUCAAAAGCAAAACGAUCUCUGCAUAAUUUCAAAUUAUUAAAAAAAAACACACAUGUGGGUUUUGAACUCUAAUUGUCUGCAUCCCAGUGUCGAAUUCUUACCACUAAUUUAUGAAGGAUUGAUAAUUAUUCCGUGACAAGUGUGUAUGAAACUCCUCAAAUCAUAGUAGAAAUUAUUCUUGGUUAAUAAUUUAAAUUUUUAUAUUAAGUAAUCACUAUUAAUUAAAUUAUUUUAUUCACAUUUUUGCUUUAUUGUGGUCAAUCAGUUUUUACUUGAUCGAGGUGAUUUAGCUCGAAGCUAACGUCUAAAGGUGUGAGAGUAUCGAUAGUGGUAAUGUAAUGUAAUGUAAGUUAUAGGUUUCUAUCGAUUAUUUCCCACCUCUACGAGUUGCAUCUACUUUUGUUUCACAAGGUAACUGUGUUUUCUAUCUCUUACGUUAAAAAGCCUGAUGGUAAGGCACUCAUCACUGUAUAAUAUUUUAAUUAUAUACCUUUUAUAAAGGAUUUUAAAUAAAUUUUUUCUGAUACAUGAUACAUGGUAUACAGCCAGCUAUAAGAACUUAGUUUCCUUCUGGAUUCGAAUAUUUUAGCCUCGCCCAAGGAAGUUUGGAAAUGGAACAUGAUAUUUAUAGUCUCCCAAAGGAAAUAUCGCGCUUUAUAAGCGGUCAAAGAACGGAGGUAAAGGAACUAAUUGAACCAAAACCCAUAGAUAGGAUUGAUUACCUAAAAAAGCUCUAUGCAGAGGAAGAACAAGCGACGCUAGAACCGGAAACAUCAGAAAUUACCACAAAUGAAAAACUUAAUAUAAAUAUACAGGGCGUUCGUAAAAUACUUGAAAAGCUUAAGAACAAAAGCAGCAGGUAAAGGCGGAAUACCAAACGAUUACUGAAAUAUUGUGGAGCAGCAAUGACAAAACAAUUAACAAAAUUAUAAAAUACCGGAAGAACGGAGAACGAGCGAACUAAUUCUACUAUUCAAAAAAGGAUAUAAAAAACAGCCAGACUACAUAGAACUUGUUAAAUACUACCCUAAAACUUACAACUAAAAUUUUACACGAACUAAUGAAUCAUAGAAUAAGUUUAGCAGAUAAACAACAGGGUUUUAGUACUUCACUGUCGUGUACAGAUGCAAUAUUCGUCAUACAGCAAAUUAUUGUGAAAUCACUAGAGUAUAAUAGACCAGCGUAACUAUUGAAAACAUCUACCAAAACAACAAAAUGGAAGUCAGAAUAGAUGGACAAGCCGAAUAACACAGUGGACUUAUUGAGUCAUAUGCUCUUUAAUUUAAUAAUGGUUGAAAUCAUCAAAAGUGUCAACAAAGGAAGAGGAUACAGAAUAAGAAGCAAAGAAGUAAAAAUAUUCCUAUUACGCAGACGACGAAAUAUUAAUAGCCCAAGAUGAAGAUCCACAGAUUUAACAUAAGAGCAAAAGAAUUUAAUAUGACAAUAUCAUCUCAGAAAACUAAAUCAAUAGUACUUAAUCAGAUGUGAAAUAGAAAUUGGUGGCAUCAGUAUUGAAUAAUGUCGUCUAAUACAGGGGUUCCCAACUAAAUUUUUCAAAGGACCCCUUCAUCAAGGUACUACAAUGACGAGGACCCCCACCAUUUCCUAAAGACCUAAACAAACCUAAAGUUACCUGAAAAGAGUCAAAAUAUGUGAAAACAUAAAUCAAACUAAUGCUAUUUAGGAUAUAUUUGUGAAAAUACAGAGUACCUAUAC